CAGAACAUUCUUGGAUUUAAAUUAUAUAUAAAUUACAGAAAAUGAUAAUGGAGUUAACAUAGAUAGUCAAGUCAACAAAACAAAAUUUUGAUGAUCACCAAGAUAAACCCCGACACCUUUUAUUUUGGUUCGACACUAUUCUCACAACUUAAGGUCCAAGUGAUUUCGACUAAUAUUCCCGGAAACUUAAUAAACAAGUGUAGAAAGUUCAACUGAUCGAUUGUUUUCAAUAAAAUAAGCUGACCCACAGCACUUGACCUGAGAAAUCCACACGUAAAUGGUCCGAAAUAAGCUCCUUGCAGUUUAAGUUGCAAUGGACCUUGAUGUGUGUGUGCGUGUCUCUCUCGCUCGCUAUAUAUAUUGCUCAUCUCAUGCACAAUGGAAAGAGAAAAUUAGCACACAAAAAAAAAAGAGAAAAAUAAACAAGUAAGAAUCCAUGGGAGAAACUUUGUAUAGCAACGUCACUUAUGUUGCGGUAAAUCAAGAUUUUCGAGAAAGUAAACUAAAUUUGUUAUGGACAUUGAAGACUCUUCGUGUUAAGAAGCUCUGCCUUCUUCAAGUUCAUAUUCCAUUUUCGCUGAACCCUUCUUCAUGUGGGCUUGAUGAAAGUGAGAUCAACGCAAUCCAAGAUUCAGAGCUGAAAACUUCAUAUGAUAGCCUUUACAAGUACCGUGAUAUCUGCACAAACGAAGGGGUUAAUGAAAAAGAUGUGGGUAUAUCACUGGUAUCAGGAUAUGGUGUUGGUGAAGAGAUUGUGAAACUCAUCAAUCAAAACAAUAUCAAGAAGCUCGUUAUGGGAGCAGCAGCUGAUCCUCAUUAUUCCAGGGGAAUGUCUAUCACAUCUAGAAAAGCAGAGUACGUGAGUCAACAUGCACCUACUCGCUGUAAAAUUUGGUUCAUCUGCAAAGGGAAACUAAUCAAGACAAGAGAAGGAAGUUUCGACCUUGGAAAUCCAUCGGAUUCGUUCACAGAACUCCAUACUUCAACUCAGAACCCAAACAAAGGAAACGAUCCAGAUAAAGAUCAUUCUGUAAGCAAUGGGAGCGAAGCAGACUGUGCUCCCGAAGAUUAUCUUUGUCCCAUUUCAAAGGACAUAAUGAGAGAUCCUCAUGUGGCUGCUGAUGGUUUCACGUACGAGGCCAAGAAUAUCAGAUACUGGCUAAAUAUAGGGAAUAAUACGUCGCCAAACACAGGAGCAAGGCUCGCUCAUCGCGAUCUUACCCCAAACUACACUCUUCGUUCACUCAUCAAGGACUGGCUGCAGCACCAUCCAAAUUAUAAACAUUGAUAUAUAUAUAUAUAUGUUGGAGAUAAAUUUAAAUGUCGAUUAUAUUGUGAGUUUUGGAAUCUCUUUGUGAGAACAAUAUAUAUGAUAUAUGCCCUUUUUCAAAAAAAAAAAAACAAUAUAUAUGAUAUAAUACCUUCAGAUGACCUCUUAGCGUGAUGUAAUUAGAAGUCAAUAUUUAUAGUGUAUGUAGAACUGUCAGUCGUAUAACUGUCUAUUUAACAUUUCUCAGUUAACCAACUUGAAAAAAAAACUCUUAUCAAAUGUAGUUUGGACCAAAUGUUGUUUAAGCAUGAAACACAAUGGAAUUAAUUCUUUGCUCUACUAUUAGAUACCAACAUUGUUGGUCAUAAAGAUCUAAGCUCUUUUUUCCAAAAUAUCUAAUCUUUCUAUAAACCAAUUUAAAUCAAAGGAUCAAAUCAAAUCAGAAAUGAUUAUUUUACCAAAAAAAAAUCAGAAAUGAUUGAUAGAUUGGUGCAAUUAGUAGUAACACAUGAAAUUUGCAGUAUUGAGCAAAACAGAGUGACACUACUUCUUGUGACCCAUACAAGUACGUAAUUUUUCAUGCUCUUUAGACUCACUCACUCACGAGUCACUUGAGAGAGAGAGAUCUUUUACAGUUGAUAAAAAAAGCUUCUUUCUCUUCACAUGGAUUUAGAGAACUUCAACAAAGCCGCCUUCUUCGUCUCUCUCUCUCUGGUUCUUGGUCUGAUUCAUUGCAUCAUGUCUGGAGGAGAAUCAAGCUCUAGUUCUAUUCUACCGACCAUUGCAUCAAAGUUGUACCUACACACGGAGGCCGUUAUAUUCAGUACAACGUUUAUGGACAGCUCUUUGAAGUUUCAAGAAAGUAUGUCCCAUUGGUAGAGGCGCUUGUGGUAUCGUCUGGUAAGCUCUCUUCUUCUCACCAAAGCCUUCUUCUUUUUGAAUGCUCAUUGGUUCUUUAUUCUUGAGUCUCAGUGCUGCGGUGAACUCAGUGAAUGGAGAGAAGGUGGCCAUUAAAAAGAUCGGUAAUGCUUUUGAUAACAUUAUUCAUGCUAAGAGAAACUCUACAUGAAAUCAAGCUUCUCAGGCAUAUGGAUCAUGAGAAUGUAAAAAACCUUAUUCAUCAUUUCUCAUAUUUAUUUUCUUUAUCUAUAUUUUUGGUAGUCUAUUGAUCUUCAAGAACGAGAUAAACAGAGGAUAUACUCUGUUUCCUCUGUUUCGUUAUUUAAUCUUCUCAUCUUCAGGCCUUGGUUUGAUUCUUCAGGUCAUAGCCAUCAAAGAUAUUGUAAGACCUCCGCAACGAGAUAUCUCUCAACGAUGUCUACAUUGUCUAUGAGUUAAUGGACACUGAUCUUCAGCGAAUCCUACGUUCUAACCAAACCUUAAGCCAUGAUCAAUGCCCGUUUCAUUGUAUACCAGCUCUUAAGAGGACUCAAGUACGUGCACUCAGCCAACAUAUUACAUCGUGAUCUAAGGCCAAGCAACGUGCUGCUUAACUCGAAACACGAGCUCAAGAUUGGUGAUUUUGGGCUUGCGAGAACAACUUCACUGACUGAAUAUGUAGUCACACGGUGAUACAAAUGAGAAAGAAAUUAUCGGUUAUCAUAACUUAAACUUAAUGCGUAGAUAACAACAGCGAAUGAGGAUCCAACCCCGGAAGCAAAAGACUUCUAUAAAAACUUCACACACAAACUAAGUCAUAACCCUGGGCCAUUGUUUACACAUCCGCCCAUAAAGGAAACCCAAGAAAACCCUCAUAGUCAAGGGCCCCAGGUUCUCGGCCCGAGUUGUGAUACAAAUACAAUCAUACGAAAACAGAUUAUUAGUGUUGAUAUGGACCAUAUGGUUUUGCUAAUGGUGUGUGCUAAGAAAAAGGACACGUAAAUAGUUUUCACGAAAAAGGACAAAGAAACAUAAUUUAUUGUCGACACGUCUUCUUCAACAAUCGUAACUCGUCUUAAGUUAUCGCUCACAUUUCUUUUGCAAUAAGUCUUCGUCCUUUUUGGUUAUAAAAAUAUCACUUAUCCACCAUCAUUCUUCUUAGAAAGUUUUUUUUUUUUUUUGCUAAAAUUUGGUGCAUAUAUUAUAAAAGUGGCAAAAGCAUACAUAAAAUGUGAAUAUUACAUUUUGCUUUAGUGGAUAAAGAUAGUGAUUUCCAUCUGCAGCCCAUUUUGACGUUGGCUAGAUAGUAAAGCGUGGCCCACUUAAUUCCUUUUGUCCUAGAGAAAGCCCAAUUUGUUUAAGUUUACGAACAGAUCGUCGUCUUCCGUAGAGAGGGUAAUUGGAUGGUCUCACACAAGGGAAAACCAGAGUUGCAUGCACGCACUUGAUUCUACUGGAUCAGAUUCACGCAAAGAUGAGAGACGAUUUUUGAUUAAGGAGGAGAUGGUUGAGAGGAUAGCUUCCUGAGACUUGUAACAAGAUCGAUGAAGUCUGUUGUUGCGUUCGCGCCAUAAUUCAUGAAUCAAGGCUUGCCAAGCUAGAAGUGUGAGAUAGCGCAGUCGGUUGUCGCCAGUAUACCGGAUCAGUGCUUGCAAAGUAUCAUCCCAUUCGUCAGAUGUAAUGGAAAAUCGAAGCUUCGACGCAAGGUUUCUCCAAAUUCCUGCGGAAAAAGAACAACAGAAGAAAAUAUGGUUCCUGCUCUCUGGAUGUAGAUUGCACAAGAGACAGAGGGGGUCUGUCUGCAAUCCCCAAGCUAGUAGUCUGUUGCGUGUAGGGCAUCUAUCCAGCACAAACAUCCAAGUAAGAGUUUUAAACUUUGGAAUUCCUUUCUUUAGCCAGACCACUGAGUUCCAAGGAACCAGAGGCUUCGAUUCCCUUAGAUAGUUGUAAACUCUAGCUGACACAAACUUGUUGUUUAUUGCAGCUGCAGUUUGCAGGUUGCCCCAUUCCGGAUUGUCCAUGCGAUCUGAGAGAGAGAUAGUUGAAAGAAAAACUUGAACCUGCUCCAUUUCCUGAGAUCUUGCUGGACCAAUAUCCCAAGAUUCUCCAGUCCACAGCGAGGCUAAAGUUGAAGAGAGGGGAAUACCAUACUGUCUCGGUCCGUUAUGACCAACAAAGUUGAUUAACUGGCCGAAUGGAGACCAAGGUGUUGUCCAGAAGAAGAUUGAAUUCCCAUUUCCUGGUAAUAUUCUCAUCCAAUUAGUUGCAGUUUGUCGCAAUCUCAGUAUCUGUUUGAAUAGCCAAGUCUGUGAUUGAUUCUCUUUCAUUGACCAGAAACAUUUAUCUUUAAUAACAUUCUGGUGGAUCCAUGCUACCCAGAUAGACUCUGUUCUAAAGAAGAGCAUCCAGAGGAGCUUUAGAGUGCAAGUACGGUUCCAGGAUGCAAUACUUCGAAUGCCUAAGCCUCCCUCUGCCUUAGGUGAUGUAACUGUAUCCCAGGCCACGCGAGCUGUAUAUUUUCCAUCAAGAUUGCCUUUCCACAAAAAAGCUGCACACAUCGAGUUGAUCUGGUUAAUGCAUUCCAC